UUGUGCAUCUCCUUCUUCUUCCUUACAAUUCUACACUCUGUCCUUAGCUUGUUUCUCUCUUGCUUUCAUUUCCAAGAUCUCUUCGCUUUUGUUAAACUAGAUUGUUGUCUUUGCUUCGUUUUGAAAAUCAGCUAGAUGUUUCUUGAUUUCUGCAUUCACACAGUGUAUUGAUUUUGUUUUCUUGAAGCUGGAUCGGUUCAUUACCAUUGUUCCUUAACCAUAACAUUAUAAAAGCCUUUCAAUUAUGUAAGUCUCGUAUUCCCUGUCUGCUUCGGACAAAUCCUCAAAAAAAAAAAAAAAAAACUCUUUUUUUUUUAAAUCUGUAGUCACGUAGAGUUAAUCUGGCUUGCUUCGUUUCUGUUCUUCCUUAGCGGCACAUCUAUAAAAGCCUAGAAAACAUGUAAUUUUGUUUCUUGUCUCUGUAGCUCAAAUUCCCAAAAAAAAAAAAAAAGUAUUUCGUCAAUAGUUUCUUAAAAUUUCUAGUAAAUCCUAACCGUUAGCGGUCCUGGAUAAGAACAAGAUCACCGUGUAGGUAAACCGUUAAAAAAACGUCAAAUCAUGUAACAUCGUCCCAUUCCCAGCUAUCAUCUAAAAUUUCAAAAAAAAAAAUUUUUUUGCUUGAAUUAGAUAUUAAAGUAUAGAAAAAAGAGAGAGAGAGAGAGAGAGAGCAAAUGCCGGAAAACGAGACAGGGACACCAACAGCAUCGGCGCCGGCGACGCCAGGGACGCCGGGAGGGCCGCUGUUUCCUUCACUGAGGAUAGAUUCACUAUCCUAUGAUCGAAAGUCAAUGCCGAGAUGCAAGUGCUUGCCAGUUAAUGCUCCAACUUGGGGUCAACCCCACACGUGCUUCACUGAUUUCCCUUCACCGGAUGUCUCUCUUACCCGCAAGCUUGGAGCAGAAUUUGUGGGAACCUUCAUCCUGAUAUUUGCAGCAACAGCAGGACCGAUAGUGAACCAAAAGUACAACGGAGCAGAGUCAUUGAUUGGGAAUGCAGCAUGUGCUGGGCUAGCCGUGAUGAUAAUAAUUUUAUCAACUGGACACAUAUCAGGAGCUCACUUGAAUCCAUCCUUGACCAUUGCCUUUGCAGCUCUCCGUCACUUUCCUUGGAUGCAAGUCCCUGCCUAUAUAGCUGCCCAAGUUUCUGCUUCCAUUUGUGCUUCUUUUGCUCUUAAAGGUGUCUUCCAUCCUUUCAUGUCUGGUGGCGUAACUGUUCCUUCCGUUGGCGUUGGACAGGCUUUUGCACUUGAGUUUCUCAUUACUUUCAAUCUCUUGUUUGUCGUCACCGCUGUUGCAACUGAUACCCGAGCUGUAGGCGAGUUGGCAGGAAUAGCAGUUGGAGCAACUGUUAUGCUCAACAUUCUAGUAGCUGGGCCAUCUAGCGGAGGUUCAAUGAAUCCUGUGAGGACUCUGGGGCCAGCGGUAGCCGCAGGAAAUUACAGGGAUUUGUGGAUAUACUUGGUGGCACCCACACUUGGGGCUGUUGCUGGUGCAGGUACUUACACUCUUGUGAAGCUCCGAGACGACGAAGCCGAUCCACCCCGCCAAGUCAGAAGCUUCCGUCGCUAGAUGAAUGGGUCUGUAUACUAUCAAUGUGCAAUUAUCACCGUGUAUGAAUUGUUUCUUUUGAAAGACAAAUGGUGUGGGACAUGUUAUUUGAAUGAAAUGUCGUGGAAAUAAAGGUGACAGGACUAUAAGUCCACACCUACAGUGUGGUUAAAUAAUGCUGCAAAACAAUCAAUGCUUAUCAUCUCUCAAGUCAAUCUAUGGGAGAUGAUUGUUUGGCUUUUGUGUUUUGUUUUGUAAUGCUAGCUAGAUAGCUUUCUUUGUUGCUUCUUGUGUGCAAUGCUACUGAUAUUUCUAUAUAUAGCGUGGUUUGUGUUUA